CAUGCAAGGGUGUGGUUCAAACAAAAAUCUUCUUUACACUCUGUGCUGUCGCUGCCGCCCACAAAGAACACGGUUUACCGCCUGAACAGAGAAACCUCUCACUUUUGGAUUUUGCUUCUUCAAAAAACCUUCUCAAUCUUGAACCCGGAGCCAUGGGGGCACUGCAGUGUAUCAAAUACUUGGUGUUUGUGUUCAACUUUCUCUUCUGGCUGGCAGGUACGGGGGUGCUGGCUGUGGGCCUCUGGCUGCGUUUUGACACCAGGACAGAGGGACUGUUUUCAGGAGACAACUCACCUACAGUCUUCUUCACCGGUGUGUACAUCCUGAUUGCGGCGGGGGCUCUGAUGAUGGUGGUGGGCUUCCUGGGAUGCUGCGGAGCCAUGAAGGAGUCACCGUGCAUGCUGGGAUUGUUCUUCUUCUUCCUGCUCCUCAUCUUCGCUGUGGAGGUGGCUGCUGGGAUCUGGGGUCUCUCCAACAAGGACAGGGUGGUAGAGGAUGUUACAGAGUUUUAUAAGCAGACCUACAGCAACUACAAGGACACGAAACAGGAAGCACUGAAGGAGACGCUGCGUCUCAUUCACUUCGGACUGGACUGCUGCGGGCCCACAGGGACGGUGAUCGAUGCCGCUAAAGAUAUCUGCCCCAAGAAGGAAGGACUGGAGGUCCUCAUCACCAAGGUAACAACACACACUCAC